AUGAGGGGAUCUUCUCUUAUUCCUCGCCCGUUUCGCGCGGACCCCGACGAUGCUGGGGAGCCUGGAUGGCUCAGUCGACAGGUGACGGGUGUGCUGCAGUCAGUGUCGCUGAGAGCUUGCAGGCACCCGAUACACACGAUAGUAGCCAUUGCAUUGCUUGCGAGCACCACCUACGUCGGCCUUUUGGACGGCAGCCUGGUAGAGUCGAGCAAGGCAAACGGUGCAGGGCAGGUCGACGUAGCUUCGCUCGUUGGCGGAGGCAGGAAUCUACAUCUUGGACCAGAUACCCAAUGGAGAUGGCAGGUAGACAAUUUGGCUCAGGUCGAUACCAGAAAGCAUCUUGCUAUUGCAACCUUCGUGUUCCCCCAUUCAUCGUCCGGGUCGCCUCAGUCACCUCCCCUCGCAGAAAAUGUGCCUCUGCCAGCCAACAGCUCUGCUAAACUUAUCCCGUAUACUCCCAAUGUACUCACGCCCAUUUCACAAGAUACGCACUUGGCCUACUCGCUACCCUACGAUGAAGUACCAUAUUUCCUCAGGUCGGUGCAGGAGAUCCCUGACUCGAUCGAUGAUCCAGAGGGAAUUGAGCAGAAGAAAUGGUUGAUGAAGGCUGCACGCAGCUCCGUCUCUGGAUCUCAUGUUGCCAUGCGAAACUGGGUCACCGAUGGAUGGAACUCGUUCGUUGACUUGAUCAAGGUAUUUCCAUUCUUCAACUCGACUCACUAUGUUCAUAAUGUUCGACGAUCAUGGCUUGCUGCCACCGUCCUCAUCUCUGGAGGAUUUGCAUUCCUCUUUGGCUUGCUGGUCACUACCGCCCUCGGUGUUCCAAUUAACAUGGUCUUGCUAUCUGAAGGUCUACCCUUCCUCGUCGUUACCAUCGGAUUUGAGAAGCCCAUUAUCCUUACCAAGGCAGUGCUGGAACGUAACCAUCAGCAACUGGGAGUAAACGCUGCCGGUGUCAAUGGUUCUGCUACCAAGCCUGCUACACCCGUACGAUCUAUCCAAGAUGCCAUUCAGCAGGCAGUUCAAGCCACCGGUUUCGGGAUUGUCCGUGACUACGUUAUUGAAAUUGCCGUCCUUGUUGCCGGUGCCGCCUCGGGGAUUCAAGGCGGUCUACGACAGUUCUGCUUCCUCGCCGCAUGGAUUCUCUUCUUCGACUGCAUCCUUCUCUUCACCUUCUACACCACAAUCCUAUGCAUAAAACUCGAAAUCAACCGUAUCAAACGCCACGUAGACAUUCGCAAGACCCUCGAGGAAGAAGGAAUCAAUCACCGUGUUGCUGAGAAGGUCGCUUCGACCAAUGACUGGCCCCAGAUGAGCUUAGAUGGAAAGGGGAGGAACUCGAAGACCAAUGGAACUGGAAUAUUCGGCCAAAAGGUCCGCGCAAGCAGCAUCCCCAAAUUCAAAUUCCUCAUGGUCGGAGGCUUUGUCUUGAUAAACCUUCUCAAUCUUGCCACCAUACCGUUCCGUAACCGUCAGGAUGGCCUGUUGAUGCCCGUCCUAUCUAAGGUGUCAAAUGUCCUUUCUCCUGUACCAAUCGACCCCUUCAAGGUUGCGGAGAACGGCCUAGAUGUCAUCUACGUCAGUGCAAAGAGUCAGCAGGUCGAAACUAUUGUCACCGUCCUUCCCCCAAUUAAAUACCAACUGGGGUACCCUUCUGCCCACUAUGUUAACCCCAAUGCCAACGUUGACCGCCUACUUGAUACCGACUACAACCCCGUCCUCGAUGUUGUAGGUGGUCGAGUUCUUGAAAGCAUCCUCAGGUCUCUCGAUGACCCAAUUAUCAGCAAAUGGAUAAUUGCCGCUCUCAUUCUCAGUUUGAUUCUCAAUGGCUACCUUUUCAAUGCUGCUCGCUGGAGCAUCAAGGAAGACCAGUCUUCAACCCCGUCUGAGACUCUCACACCCGCUCCCACACCGGUGAAAAUCGAGCGCAAGCCAAUUAUCAAGGAAGAUGGCACUCCAAGAACCCUGGAAGAAUGUGAGCAGAUGCUCAAAGAUAAGAUGGUCACCUCACUUGACGAUGAGGAGCUAGUUGAACUUUCCCUUCGCGGGAAGAUACCAGGAUACGCACUUGAGAAAACCAUGGAACAUGAGAGUAUUACUCGCCUGGAAGCAUUUACCAGGGCAGUCAAGCUCAGACGGUCUAUCGUGUCUAGAAACCCAGUGACUGCUGCCACCAGCGCGUCUGUUGAGACUUCUAAACUUCCAUAUGAGGGUAUGAACUAUACCCUUGUUCACGGUGCCUGUUGCGAGAACGUCAUCGGUUUCCUCCCGCUUCCCCUAGGUGUUGCUGGUCCUCUUGUUAUCGAUGGACAGAGCUUGUUUAUCCCCAUGGCAACGACUGAAGGUGUGCUUGUCGCCAGUACCAGCAGAGGAUGCAAGGCCAUAAACGCUGGAGGCGGCGCUACCACUGUUCUCACUGCCGAUGGCAUGACUCGAGGUCCAUGCGUCAGUUUCAGCAGCGUCUCUCGUGCCGGCGAGGCCAAGGUCUGGCUCGACUCUGAAGAAGGUCAAUCAGUCAUGAAAGCCGCGUUCAACUCCACCAGCCGUUUCGCCAGACUGCAGACGAUGAAGACUGUUCUGGCCGGAACAAAUCUGUAUAUCCGAUUCAAGACUACCACUGGUGAUGCCAUGGGCAUGAAUAUGAUUUCUAAGGGUGUCGAGAAGGCACUGUCCGUCAUGGCUAACGAGGCUGGAUUCGAGGACAUGCAAACCAUCUCUGUCUCUGGUAACUUCUGCACCGACAAGAAGGCCGCUGCCGUGAACUGGAUUGAUGGCCGAGGAAAGUCCGUUGUUGCUGAGGCCGUCAUCCCCGCCAACGUUGUUAAAUCUGUACUCAAGAGUGACGUCGACUCUAUGGUCGAGCUUAACAUAUCCAAGAAUCUGAUCGGAAGUGCCAUGGCUGGUGCUCUAGGAGGAUUUAACGCCCAUGCAUCUAACAUCGUCACUGCCUUAUUCUUAGCUACCGGUCAGGAUCCCGCCCAGAACGUCGAGAGCAGCAACUGUAUCACGAUAAUGAAGAACGUGGGCGGCAACCUGCACAUCAGCGUAUCCAUGCCUUCGAUAGAAGUCGGCACCAUCGGCGGCGGCACCAUCCUCGAAGGACAAGGAGCCAUGCUCGACCUUCUCGGUGUUCGUGGCGCACAUCCUACGAGCCCAGGCGACAACUCUCGACGCCUUGCGCGAAUCGUGGCUGCCGCUGUCCUCGCAGGUGAACUCAGUCUCUGCGCCGCUCUUGCAGCUGGCCAUCUUGUCCGUGCCCAUAUGGCCCAUAACAGAUCCGCGGCACCUGCAGCACCAGCGUCAUCAACAUUGCCUACAGCUCCUCCAACUCGAUCGGUGACUCCCGUCUCAGCCGCUGUCGGAGCAGCAAGGUCCGCGAACAACCUCGCAAUGACGGCCGUCAGUGAUCGAAAAUGA